AUCAUAAUACAUUUGUGUUUCGUCGAUAACCGGAAGUGCUGUCUCUGCCUUUUCUUCCUCAACCAACUAAGUGUGAAGUACGCUAAUAAUACAGCGUUGAAAACAAUUAUCAUGCCACGAGAAAUUAAAGAAGUGAAGGACUUCCUCAACAAAGCACGGCGUACCGAUGCACGUGCAGUAAAAAUAAAAAAAAACCCAACUAAUACGAAAUUUAAGAUCCGUUGCUCUCGUUUCUUGUACACUCUUGUUGUGCAGGAUAAAGAGAAAGCCGACAAAAUAAAGCAGUCAUUACCACCAGGAUUGCAAGUUAAAGAAGUCAAGUAAAAAACUUACUUUAUAUCUCGCGCGUGAUUUGGAACGCGAACAUGAGUUGACUAAAAUUUGUAUGAAAUUUUUAAAUUUAAUAAAUUGAAGUUGCUACUUAAA